AUGAGUAAACAUAAAAGUGGGUAUGCAGGCUUCCGAAAUAGCUCUAACAGUCCUAUUCCUGUGGAGCAGCUGCUAGGAAUCAUUUACUUGGCAUCAACCCUUGGUAACUUGGACUCUCCUACACUCUCCCUGGAGGUGUGUGCUCGAGAUGGUGGUGGACUCACAUCUCCCGUUAAUGCUGACGUCACCAUACACGUUCUCCCGACAGCUCUGUUGGCUGCUGAAUUUGAAAGGCCCAAGUAUACCUUUUCCGUUUCUGAGGAUGUACCUGAAGGGAGUCCCGUCGGAACAGUGAAAGUUACAGAGCCCUUGAAUUCCACAGAACCAAUUUUUUACAGAAUCACUUCUGGGGAUCUGGAUGGAACGUUCUCUAUCCACCCAUGGCUGGGCUCCAUCUGUACGCAGAAGCCUCUGGAUCGUGAGACACAGCCCGUGUUUGUGCUCACUGUCCAGGCACAGUUGACCAACUCCCCAGUCUGCAGCAGCACCCAAGUCAGCAUAACUGUCCUUGACAUCAAUGAUAACCACCCAGCUUUUCUCACCAACGCUGAUGAGGUUAAACUAUCUCAGCACACACCACCUGGCACAGCCUUGUACUUCACCCGAGCAGAGGACAAAGACAGUGACCGAAAUGGAUUUAUCCAAUACUCCAUUGCCAGCCAGCCCUCAGGCACCUUCACCAUUGACCCAGGCCUUGGGGUAGUGUACCUCAAUAAGAGUCUGGGAGGGGCCCCACCACAGAAGUACAUAGUCAGGGUCAUGGCUAAGGACCGAGGAGUUCCUUCUCUGGCAUCCCAGUUGGUGUUGACUGUAGUUAUUGAAAAACAAGAAACAAACCCACCCCUGACAUUUGAAAAUUUGGUCUAUCAAGUUGAAAUUAGUGAAGCCCUCUCACCAACUACUCAACUGUUACAAAUCCAGGCCCAUGUACAUGGCCCACAGCACACAACUUCACAGCUCCUGUACUCCCUGGAACCCAGUAUAGACUCUGCCCCAUUUGGCAUCAGUGUUGACAGUGGGUGGGUAUAUUUGAGGAGACAGCUGGACUAUGAAUCCCAACGAACAUAUAAUUUUAGAGCGUUUGCCUGGAUUCCAGGGGAUGGGGCGCUGCGACGCGUGAGCGCCUCAGUAAUUGUCCAUGUCCUGGAUGAGAACGACAAUUCUCCUGUCUUCUUGCAUGAUGUGUUGUUUUUGAAAGUCAAGGAGAGUCCUAUUCCUCAAGGGACAAUAGGCCAAGUUACAGCCGUGGACAGAGACUCUGGGAAGAAUGGACAGCUCUCCUAUUUCCUGCUGUCUGCUGGAAAAUUCUUCAAGGUGAAUCCUAAUACAGGGGAACUUAUCAAUUGGGUGGCACUGGACCAUGAGCAUCAAGUACACCAUCAUGCGACUGUCUUAGUGACUGAUCAUGGCUCCCCGCCACGAAACUCGACCAUGGUGAUUUAUAUCUCAGUUACUGACGUCAAUGAUAAUGCGCCCCAUUUCCCGCAGUGUGUCCCUGGGAAGGAGUUACACAUCAAGGUUCUGGAAGGUCAACCAGUAAAUAUGUUAGUGACAACUGUGUUUGCAAAAGAUCUUGAUGAAGGAAGCAAUGGAGAAGUCAUAUAUUCAGUAUCUUCAGGAGAUAGUUUUGAUCACUUUAAGAUUGAUGCCAACAGUGGAGAAAUAAGAACAACUACAAUACUUUCAUAUGAUUAUAGACCUUCCUACAGGAUGACUGUAAUUGCCAGUGACCAGGGCUUGCCUCCCCUUCAAGGACAGGCGGUUAUUAAUAUUCAGGUGAUACCACAAUCCAAAGGAAAGGCUAUUGUAUCUCAGAAUAUUAGACACUUGGUUUUACCGGAAAACGUAAAGCCUGCAAAAAUCAUGAGUUUGAUAAAGUCGCCUGGUCACCUUCAACAAUAUCAUAGUGGAAAGUUACAGUUUUGUAUCAUUGCUGAUGACAGGGAUGGUCAUUUUGCAAUUGAUGGCUCAACUGGAGACUUGUUCCUUUCUAAGGAACUGGAUUAUGAAAUGACAUCUCAUUAUCUUUUCAGGGUGGUUACUAAUGACAACCUUAGAAGUCCUCCCCUGAAUAGCACCCUCUACCUUAGUAUUGACGUGGAAGACCAGAAUGACCAUUCCCCUGCUUUCCAGGAUGAGUUCAUUGUGAUCAGCAUAGAAGAGAAUGUUGCUGUAGGUUCACUGGUCUAUGUCUUCAACGCCAAAGAUGGUGAUGGCAGCUUUCUGAACAGUCGAGUACACUAUUUCAUGGAAGCCCACCACCCUGUAACAAACCCCUUUCUCAUCCAUCCCACAUUUGGCACCUUGGUCACUGCAUCCCUCCUUGACAGAGAGAGGGUUCCCACUGUCGUCGUGAAAGUAACUGCAUCUGAUCAGGCUGUGAAUGUGACAGACCGACGACUAAAGUCUCUGAUGGCUAAGAUAGUGAUUUUGGACGUGAAUGACCACAGCCCCACAUUCAAGUCGUUCCCCCUUGCCCACGUCGAAGAGGAUGCGACGGUGGGCUCUGUCGUGCACCACGUAACUGCUGACGAUCCAGAUGAAGGAAGGAAUGGAAGAGUAACGUACAGCAUCCUCUCGGGAAAUGAACACAUGGCCUUUGUUCUAGAUGAGUCAACAGGUCUACUCACUUCAGCUCGCCCUUUGGAUCAUGAAAUCAAAACGCAGUAUCUUCUCACCAUUGGGGCACAGGAUGAUGGAGUGCCCGCACUUUCGUCCUCCCAGACCUUGACGAUUACUGUUCUUGAUGUAAAUGAUGAAACACCAGUAUUUACACAGCCCCUGUAUAACGCUUCAGUUAAAGAAAAUAAAAAUCCAGGAGAGUUGGUCAUGAGGGUGGAAGCUACGGAUAGAGAUUCAGGAAUCCAUUCCAAGCUGCAGUUUGAAAUCAUGCCAGGCGCUGCAUUUGGGUUGUUCAAGAUCAACCCUGACACGGGUGAGGUAGUGACAGCCACCACACUGGACAGAGAAAUUCAGGACGUCUUCACCCUCAGAGUACUUGUGCGAGAUGGGGGAGUCCCUUCAUUGUCCAGCACCACGGUGAUUCUCUGCAGUGUCGAGGAUGAAAACGAUCAUGCACCAGAGUUUAUUGCCCUCCGGCAUUACAUUGAGGUUCCCGAAAACCAAGGGCCCGAAGUCAUCGAUACUAUUUGGGCAUCUGAUAUGGAUACUGGAAAUAAUGGAGCUGUGGAGUAUCACAUAGUUGAUGGAAAUACUGCUGGGUAUUUUGCCAUUAAUGAGACAUCUGGAGAACUUUCAACUACACGUCCUUUGGACCGGGAGCAGGUCCACAACUUUAGUCUCGUCAUCCUGUGUUCUGACCUUGGAGACCCCCCAAGGAGCUCCAGGAUGCAGCUGCAAGUGAGGGUUCUGGAUGAAAAUGACCACAGCCCUUCCUUCCCCCUGCUUCACUACCAGUCCUCUGUAAGGGAAGACAUGGAAAUAGGGACCACAGUUCUUGUACUCUCUGCUACAGACGAAGAUGAAGGUUUGAAUGGGAAAAUCGAAUAUGUUUUAGUGGAUGAGGCUUUUGGUGCAUUCUCCAUCGAUCCGGUGACAGGUGCAUUGAGAACUGCCCGUAGCCUCGACCGAGAAGCCAUAUCCCAGCAUGUAUUUCGGGCAGUGGCUAGAGACUGUAGCCUCCAGCGUGCGCGGAGCACCACAGUAACUAUACACAUUAGCAUCACUGAUGUCAAUGACAAUGAUCCAGUUUGGGAGCAAAAUCCCUUUGAUAUUUUUCUGCCACCUGAGUUGCCUGGCCAUGUGGUAAUUGCUACUCUGAGAGCUGAUGACCCAGAUUCGGGGCUUAAUGGAACGGUCACGUUUACUGCUGCAGAAACCAAAUCAGCAUUUUCUAUCAAUAAGUACACAGGAGAAAUUCGGCUUCUGCAAAGCCCACCUUCGGAAUAUUUCCCUAUGUGGGUGCAGUUAAAAGCUAUGGACCAAGGGAUCCCCCCCAGGACAACCACUGGUCUCUUGGUCAUUCACGCGGAGGAAGAAGAAGUAAAACUUUCCUUCACUCGCCGUAUCUAUAGAGGGAUUGUGACUGAAAAUUGUGAGGCAGGUACUUCCAUUGUGACUGUAAAGGCUUUGACUGCAGACUCCAGUGAGGACAGCAUUAAAUAUUUGAUUUUUAGUGGGAAUGAAGAUGGAGCAUUUUCCCUGUGCUCCAACUCAGGAGAACUCACCGUGAAAGAACCCAAGUUUAUUGAUUUUGAAGUCAGAAAUGAUGUACAACUCAUUGUAUUAGCUGAAGGAGGUGGACAUAGAGCCUACAGUAAACUAUCAGUUGUGAUACAAGAUGUGAAUGAUAAUGUGCCGUGUUUUGAGCAAAGCGUUUACAAGGCAUCGGUGUCUGAAGGCCAGUCCCCCAAUGCUCACAUCAUACAGGUUUCCGCUACUGACCCAGAUGGUGGGUUGAAUGGCCUCCUUGAGUAUUCCAUUAUUUCCGGCAACCAGGGUGACAUGUUUCAGAUUGACGCCCUGAGUGGUGUGAUCACUACAAGUGGGAUGCUGGAUUAUGAAUCGACCAGCUCCUACAGCUUCAUUGUGCAAGCCACAGAUACAGGGGUGCCCCAGCUUUCUGCUACAAGUAUGGUGAAGAUACAAGUGACUGAUAUAAACGACAAUGCCCCACUUUUUCUCCCCUUCAAAGCCGUGGAAGUGGCAGAAAAUUCUUUGCCUGGUGUACUUGUGACUCGGGUGUCAGUUCAUGAUGUGGAUUUGGAUCCAGCUUUCCUCUUCAGUUUCCCCGAAGAGAGCCAUCCUGGAACCAAGUUUGCUAUUGAUCAAAAUACUGGAAUAGUGAGGCUGGUGGAAACAUUGGAUUUUGAAGACACGAUUGAAUAUAAACUGCUCAUUCAAGUUUCGGAUUCGGUGCACAGCACAGAAGGAAUUCUCACGGUCCGCGUGUUGGAUGUUAAUGAUAACCCACCAGUGUUUUCCCAAGAUUUCUAUCAGGUCACAGUUCCUGAGUCGGUACCUGUGGGGUACCCAGUGCUGACCGUGACAGCCACUGACUUGGACAGCAGCACUAACCUUUCUUACAGAAUCCUUUCUGCUUCUGAGGGACUCUCAAUUGACCCCGUGAAUGGUACAAUAUUUACCAUCCAUCCCGCACGGCUUUUGAAUGAAAUAUCACCGAUCCGAUUUCUUGUUGAAGCCAGUGAUGGUGGAACCCCUGAGCUAAGGGCUCUUGCAUUAGUAGAGAUAGAGAUUCAAGAUGUGAACAAUCACCCCCCUGAGUUUACAGUAGAAUAUUACAAUCUUAGCUUGAGUGAAGAUACUUUAAUUGGAGGCACACUUGUCACAUUUUCAACCUUUGACCAUGACUGGACCCGAGAAAACACACAUGCUGAUUAUUUCAUCAUCAGUGGUAAUUCGCAGAAACAUUUCCAUUUAGAAACUAGUUUUAUCCAUCCAGAAAAUCCUUAUACUCAAGUUGGUCAUCUUGUAUUGCUUCACAAUUUGGACAGAGAAGCAACUCCCAAUCAUCAGCUUGUUAUUCUAGCAUCUGACCAUGGCUAUCCUCCAUUGAGUUCCACAGCCAUAAUAUCAAUAGAAGUACUUGAUGUCAAUGAUAAUCCGCCAAAAUUCACCCAUCCAGAAUAUUAUGUGCACAUCAAGGAGAGUACACCAUUGGGAAGUCACAUUUCUGUGGUCUCAGCAAAUGACUGUGACUUGGGUUCAAAUGCCGAAAUCAUCUACCACAUAAUCUCUGGAAAUGAGAAGGGGAACUUUCAGCUAGAAGAAAAAACUGGGAUUCUCUAUUUAAUUAAACCUUUGGAUUAUGAGGAAACAAUAAAAUUCACUUUAACCGUGCAAGCUUCAGAUCAAGUAAAGAAACAUUUUUCUUUUGCAACUGUGCUUGUCAACGUCCUGGAUGAUAAUGAUCACACACCUCAGUUUAUGUUCCCAAGAGUGAACUGUGUUGUUCCAGAAAACCUGCCUGUCUCCUCUACACUAUGUACUAUAAAUGCUUUAGAUUUUGACACAGGUCCUUAUGGAGAAUUGACAUACUCUAUUUUGUCACCCUGUUUUAGCACUCAUGGACAAGCACAUGAUCACCAUCAUGAUCUCUUCCUCAUUGAUCCAUUUACUGGAGAUAUCUAUGCUAAACAAAUCCUCGAUUAUGAACUUAAAAAUAAAUACUGCCUCACAGUUCAGGCGAAAGACAAAGGUGAUUCAACAGCCUCUUUAAUGGUGUGGGUAGAUAUUGAAGGGAUAGAUGAAUUUGAACCCGUUUUCACACAAGAUCAAUAUUUUUUCAGUCUUCCAGGCAAGAGUAAAAUAAGACAGUUGAUUGGCAGGGUGGAAGCAUCAGAUGCCGAUGCUGGUAUCGAUGGAGUCAUUCUUUACUCCCUGGGAACCUCCUCACCGUUCUUUUCAGUAAAUAAAACUAACGGGAAUAUCUAUUUGACUAGAGCCCUUCCGCAAAUGAAAAAUCCAGUUAGCAAAGAAGACAUCAUUGAAAUGAACAUAAUCGCUCACAGCCCCAGACAGGACUCAAAAUUUGCAUCUUGCACUGUUUUUGUAAAUGUGUCCUUUCCCCCGGAAGGCAGACAUUCAACGAUAAUGGCCAACAGUUUCUCAGUUAGCCUUACGGUGUCUUUUCUAGUGUUUCUGCUGCUGGUACUCAUUCUUAUUAUACUGCUUUUGAGACACAAACAAAACGAUCCAAUAAGCAAUUAUGAGGAAAAGAAAACCUCCUCUUCCUCAGGCGUCAAUUUGAGAUUGACCCGGGAUACCAGCAUGCUCAAGGCCUUCCAGACAAUGAAGGAUGGUAACAAUGCGGUGAUGCCUGUGAACUCCAUGCCUGAGUGGCUGGGUUUAAUGAGCAUCAUGGAGGAGGAUAUACGACAUCUGUAUAGUCACUCAAAUUCCAGUGCCCACUGUUCUGUGGAAGGAGAAACUGCAGAAGAUAAAGAAAUCCAGAGGAUAAAUGAGCACCCAUACAGGAAGGACUCUGGUUCAGUUCUGAAUGAUCGGGAUUCUAGAGGGCCAGACUCUGGAAUCCCCAGGGACUCAGACCAGCUUUCUUAUUUAUCUGGAGAAACUGACCUGGCAGUCACUGUGGACAAAGCAGAAAACAGCCAUCCAUUGGAGGAAGUGGGUGGAGAAGGUCAUGGCAUAGCCUACAUUCGAAAUGAUGUGUUACCUUAUAUAUUUCAAAAGAGGGUGUCAAAAGAGGGCAUCCUGGCUGAUGCUAGAAAAGAAUACAGACUGAAUCCAGGUGAACAUGAGGCAAGAGGCACAGCUUCUUCCACUGAUAUGACCCCUGAUCAUUUUGUGAGAGUCAGUGGUUCUUGGAAUCAUCUCCUCGGUUGGGAGCCCAAGUUUCAAUCUCUGGCUUCCGUUUUUAAUGAUAUUGCAAAACUGAAGGAUGAACAUUUGCAUAUUCCUGGUGUUGCCAAGGAGAAUCAAUCUUUUGUUUUCCCACCACCUUUAAUAACAGCAGUAGCCCAGCCUGGGGUUAAAGCAGUGCUACCUAGAAUGCCAACUAUCACCCCAGGGCAGGUGCUUCCGAAGGACCCGCGCCCUCCUGUGCUUGACCAUCUCAGUUCUCGUCCAGAAGCCAUGACCCCUAGCUUUUCUCCAUCUCUUUCCCUAUUGACCACACAGACUCCAGCUAUGUCUCUGCUGUUGUCAAAGUCAGAAUGAUUAGGAACACACAUACGUGGUACAUGCCAGGACGAGAAAGCAGAAGAUGAAAUCUAAAUAUGAAACGACUGAGAACCCAGGCACCCACAUUCCAUCAGUCAUCCAUCAGUGGAUGAUCACUUCAGCGAGUGUCUCAACCUUGGGAGAUUCUGAUCGCAGAGAAAGUGAUGUAAUCUUCACAGUGGGUGGUGGUUUGGGUCAUCCCCAUUUAAAUAGUUUGAAUUUCUUCCGUCCUUAAAGAGAAAUGACUUCCUCUUUGAAUCUUUAUGAUUUCCUCAGGAUUCAAUCCUUGCCUAUGUCGAGUAGUGUAUAUUCUGUCAUACCUGGUUUUCUGUACAAUUAAUUCUCCAAGAGAGGCAGGGAACUUAGUGGACUGCCAAGCUGUUGAUGUGAAAAGAAAUAGAAAUAACUUAUGGUGCUCAGGGGUCAUAUCACACUUGGUGAGACUUCUGUAUUUAAAGCAAGUCAAUAAAAUUGAGAAGGGAAUAAAUAUAGGACCCAGGGUAACAGAGAGUAACAAAGGUUUCGCAGGUAAGUUCAUAACAUUUUCAAGGUUAGGGCACAUUCUGGGGCUCUGACCUAUUUAGAGAGACUUUUCUUCUUCACUUUCCCUGUACCACAUACUUAUGAAAUUUACUCAUAAUCUGAAUUUCAAGGUGGUGUCUUUUGAAAAAUCGGAUGAAAAUUUAAGAAUGAGAUGUUCCCCAACUCUUCCAAUAGGGAGAAAAUAUUUUAAAUCAUUCUUGAUUAAGUAAACCAGAUGUACAUGUUCUUUAUACAGAACUAUGAUUGAUAAUAGCAAUAUGUAUGUGGUUGACUGCCACCCAAAAUACGUUUCCUUUGCCUUAUUUUCAAGUAGCAUGACAGUAUUUUCAGUACUCAAUUUUAUGACAAAAUACAUCCACAGACAUUAGCUAUGAAGAUUAAUUUAUGAAAAAGUUUCAUUUUAGUUUGUUCUGGACACAGUUAUUUUCAGUAAGAAGUAAUUUAUGCACUCAAUGUCCGUUAAAAGGUUUGUGUACAUAAAAUUAUGUUGUUAGCUAAUUAUAAAUUUCAUAGAGUAAUUUAGCAAUAUAUUUUGAAGUGAAGAUUUUUAUAUAAAUUUUGUUACUCUAAAGGUUACGAAAGAAUGGAAGUCAAAAGACUCUUCCAUUUGAUUAUAUUCAUGCUUAGCUUUAGCUGUCAUUAUGGACUCGUUUACUAACAUGGUUACAAGAAUUCUGUUUUGUACAGCUAUUGUUUUAGAAAUAUAUUAGUGCUUAAGUAUCAUGAAGUCGGCUUCCCUCUGGGAGCCCAAGUGUCCAUCCAUGAGCCUUAUUCCGUUCAGGAAGGCAGAGAGCACAGUGAUGUUGAUAGUCCAGAAGUCAUCCUCCUGUGUAGGCACCAUGGUCAGAUUCUGGAAUCACAGUUUUAGAACCCUAAUGUGAAAUCUGGUGUGGGUUCCUCAUUAAAGUAGGUUUCUGCUAUAGGAAAACAUUUCUUUAUGCCUUUUUCUGUAGGCCUCAUCUGCAAAAUUAUACAAAAUAAUCCAUUUAUCUUUACUAAGAAUCCAUGGAACAUUCAAUGUUUGAUACUUCAUUCAAUGUUUGGUAUAUCAUUCAAUUUUUCAUUUUAUAGAUGAGUUAUUCUAAGACUUUCUGCCUCCAUAUUUCCCAUUACAUAUCAUUGUUGGCUCUGAACUUCAGAACAAGUUUGUAUAAUCCCUGUGAAUCAAAUGUCUAUUAUCUGGCACCUAACAACAACAAAGAUAGUAAUAUGACACAUGAAAACUUUUGAAGAAGCCUGAAAUCCUAGGGAAAGUCAAGUGAAACAUUAAGUAUUAUAAGACUGAUAUACAUUGAUGCACACUUUCCCCCCACCCCCCAAGAAAUCUGGGAAGAAGAAUUCAUGACUUUUGUAUUAAAAAUACAUGAAAUCAAUAUUUAUUACCUCUGACUCCCUUCAAAAGAUUUUCUUGAACAUGUCAAAGAAAGGCUGUUGUGAUUUUAUUUCUAUUGAUAUAUGGAAGUUUUGCUUUGUAAUAUAUUUUGUUGCUUUUACUUACUUUUGUCACUUUUACAUACGUGUCUGCAUUUACUUAUGUUUAAAAACAGUUAUCCACGUAACUUAGUCCCCUAAGUUAUUUGCCUGCGAUUGAUUACUUUUUGGACAUGAGUCUGCAUUUUUUUCUAGAUCUUUCAAAAGAACAGAAGACUUGAAGUAUUUAGAAACUGUUUUUUACCAAUGUCUAGUGAAUGUUCAUUUGAUGACUUUAUUAAUACUGUCCCCAACAUCAAAACACCACCAAAGAAGUGGGACUAGGGGUAAAACAACAACAUGUGAACAUGCUGGUUAAGUGUUCACAAUAAAUCAUUUGUCAGCUCUUUCAA